GUUUACCAGAACCAAACAGAGACAGUAUAUUCCAAGGACUGACAAUGGAUCAAGGAUUCUACACAUCUAAAGACUUCCUACCUUUGGUAGCAAUGGCAAGUAAACCAGGGAUGUGUGCCUGUCGCUCUCCAUUGCCAUCAAUACAUGGAACUGUGAUUGUACUUGGGGCAGGAGACACUGCUUUUGACUGUGCAACAUCUGCUUUACGCUGUGGAGCUCGUCGCGUGUUUGUGGUCUUCAGGAAGGGAUUCACUAAUAUCAGGGCUGUCCCAGAAGAGAUGGAACUUGCAAAAGAAGAGAAAUGUGAAUUUCUGCCUUUCCUCUCCCCUCGGAAAGUUGUUCUUAGAGGUGGACGAAUUGUUGCUAUGGAGUUUGUUAGAACUGAACAAAGCAAUGAUGGAAGCUGGAAAGAAGAUGAGGAUCAGGUGGUUCGUCUGAAAGCUGAUGUUGUGAUCAGUGCCUUUGGCUCCAUUUUAAGCGACAAUAAAGUCAGAGAGGCCAUGGCUCCUAUCAAGUUUAACAGAUGGGGUCUUCCUGAAGUGGAUCCGGAAACUAUGCAAACAAGUGAACCCUGGGUUUUUGCAGGGGGUGACAUUGGUGGUCUUGCUAACACUACAGUAGAAUCAGUAAAUGAUGGAAAACAAGCUUCCUGGUACAUGCACAGAUACAUACAGUCCUUAUAUGGUGUUGCAGUUUCUGCUGUUCCAGAACUACCACUCUUCUAUACUCCUAUCGAUUUAGUAGACAUCAGUGUAGAAAUGGCUGGACUGAAGUUUCCAAAUCCUUUUGGCCUUGCCAGUGCAACCCCUACUACUAGUUCUUCAAUGAUUCGAAGGGCUUUUGAAGCUGGAUGGGGCUUUGCUGUCACUAAAACGUUCUCCUUGGAUAAG